CGACCACCGCAGCUACAGUAUAAGGCAUUGAGCCCCAACCCUAGUGUCCACCUUUACGACUAUCUAUUACCUCUAACCUUCACUUUAUAAUAAAACAGCAACAAAGUAGUAACGAUGAACUCAAACAGACGGGCUCCUCCUCUAGGUGCUCCUCCUCCUUAUGCGUUUGUGAACCGAGUUUACGGUAGAAGCUUGCGGCCUGUGGUCGUUGCUGUCUCUGCAAUCGGUGCUCUGUGGACAUUGAUUUGGUACAUUUCCUCCUUCAAAGAACUGAGUGUUGACCAGAAUGAUCACAUUCCAAAACUUGCUACUUUUGCCAUUAUCCAAGGUGUCUUGCUUCUUGUAGCUUGUGUCAUCGAAGUUUUUGGUAUAGUCAGUGCGCUUUCGCAACGGGUAGUGCUCGUUAGGUUUUACGCUCUUCUCUCGGGUUUGAGCACCCUUAUUGUCAUCGCGGUAGGCUUGAUGCGAACUAUCAUACACUUUACGUUCAAGAGUGACCUCAUGCUUGAAUGCCAAGAAGCUGCAUCAGGCGGAAGCACUUCGUUCAGAUUCGGCAUUUGGGGCACAUCUUCAGACGGUCUUAAUGGCGAAAAUGCUGAACAGUUUUGUACAAGUGCUUAUAACCGUGAUACGGCGACGGAGAUUGUUUCGGUAAUAAUAGAGAUUAUCCUUGGUCUCCUGUUUACAGCAAUUGCGUUCGCAUAUUUCCGUCAACUGCUAGAUCCAUCCAGUCCCGCAAAUGCGUCUCGCGCUCCCUCGAGCCAAGCAAGACUGGACAACUAUCCGUCACACUAUAAUCCACCUUACAACGCAUCGUCGUCAAAUCUCGGAUAUGCUCCAGCCUACGGGAACGUCUACGCACCACCCCCAGGUGCUCCACCGCAGUUCGAUGCUGAAGCUGGCAAACCACCUGCUUAUGCAUACGGAGGAGGAAGCCAAUAUGACGACUUUGGCGGUGACAAGGAUGGCAAGGAAGAUCCAUUCUCGGACUUCGACGGACCCAGUGUGCCUCGUCCGCUAGUAGUCUCAUAUGAGCAUUUUUCUUGGGCUAGAAUAAGGUUGUGGACGUUAGCUUGGGAGAUUCUCUGGGAGAAUCUGUCUCUUCUUCUAGCUAUGUUGCUGCUUUUUACGAUAGGACACUCUUAAAUAUGCCUGUACUUGUAGUGAUGACGAUGAUUUGAUCUUCUC